CUAUUGAUCUCCUACCUUGUCUCCUUGUUACCUGGUCCAUGACAUUUAUUACAUUCGCGCACAGACUUCAGCCAUUAGAGAUUGGGAAAUGCGACAAUCUAACCUAUCAACUCCUCGAUAGCGAAUACUCCAAUUUCCAAAUCCACUCCACAUCUGCGUCGCUCUCCCACUCUUCAAAUUAACGAAACAUCCUCACCUAUUAUAUCGUCCGUCUUGUCCAUCCUCGCCGCCGCCAGAUUAUUGUGCUCGAUAAGUGCAUAGAAUAAUUCCGCUGAUCAGAACCAAGAGAAGAGUGAGAAACAUCCCCACAAAACAAUCCAUCCCGCUCUCCUCUUCGCACACCUGCUGAAUGCUGAAUAUUCAAUACUCAACCAAUACUCAAUACUCAAUACUCAAUAAUUCAAUACUUCAAUCCAAUCAAAUUUUAUUCUUGUGCUGGUAUUGGUGCUGGUGCUGGUGCUGGUGCUCAUUGCUCGUCGCUCUUCGCUCGUUGCUUGGUGCCUCUUCAUCCUCUCCACUCCUCGCUUUCUGAAUCGUAUUUCCUCUAAACGGACUUCUUCGCACAUAUUUCUCUUCUUCUUCCUCUUCUUCCCGAGCUUCAGUCUACAAGGUCCUUCUUAAAUAUUUGUUUUCUGUUAAUUUAAUUUCUACAGUACAUAAAUUGUUCAGCACAUACGCUACGACUUGAUAUUGCAUCUGGCGUCACAAACUAGGAAGAACCCUUAAAAAAAGCCAGGGAAUAGAUGCUUGUGAGUGGGUAUUUGAUCUCAUGUACCCUGGUCUUACAGUAGUGGAGUAUUCCUGUACAACGAAAGAAAUUCGACGAACGAACGGCCGAACUCGCUUUGCAUAUCCAUAACGCCUGCAUACACACGAUCCAUACAGAAGGAAGGCCCUCGAGCCGGUAAACUAUUGGUCCCUCGGAACCUUGGUAUAAUACUUCGCAAGCGGCAGAACUUCUCUGUUUAGAUAUUGUCGUCGCAGAACUUAGGGAGUGUCCCACCCUUCUCUUCUUCGUUCGAUCUUUUUCUCUUCCCAAGAAGUGUCGUGAAAAGUCUCAGAGCUGUGUUGCUCUAGGUUCUCAGCACCACGAUAGGAGCGUUGAAAGAGACUGCCCAAGCAAUUCCUUUCUCAAAACCUCGAGUCGUACUAUUGCCAUACCACGAACGUUUCCUAUCGAAUACAAGGCCAGCUGGUAGCCUGGUUUGAAGCGACUCUUUUCCCGUCGAAGGGCUCUUGAUUGUAAUAAACAUUGGUGAAUGAAACACAUGCAUCCUUAAUGAUGGAUACUGAGGAUGGACAGUUCUUCAUAAAGAACUUGGCCCACUUCGUUCGUACACAUGAAAAGGCUCUCGCGAAUGCUUUACAACUACGACGUCAACAAGCUCCUAAACAUGGCUCCUCGAACAGCAUAUCUGGUGCUGUUGGAGGGUCUACCACCCCUUCCCCAACAGUGACAAACCAGCCGUCAUCUGCCUCUUCUUCUACGACUUCCAGUACCCUAGCAGCUGCUCUUUCUCUCCCAUACCUUACCUUCGCCUCUCAUAACAUCAAACCUGCUAAGCUCGCAUUAACACCUCAUCAUCUAUUCUAUCUCCUUUCCCGAAUUGAAGAUCUAGGUGUUCCAGUUGGCCCAAUGAAUGUGCGGUUAGAAAAUCUUCAUGCAGAUACAUCAGCAGCAAAUUACGUUUCUUUUCUGAGUCAAUCCCAACGUCCAAAAGGUCGUGGCUCUGACAAUGGAUCUAUUCACUCCGUGUCUAGUGUGAGAAGUGUGAUGUCUGGCAUGUCUUCUUUGUGGUCGAACUUUGGCCUUGGGUCUGGAAACUCUGCCGCUCGAACAGAGAAACAAAAAGCUGCCACUGAAGCCGACUUGAAGUACCUGUAUUCAGCAUUUACUAAAAUUCCUUGCCUUAGACUUGCUCCGGAUCGUCGCGCGCGUUUGAUUGAAGGCUAUGAAGAAUUCCCGUUCGAUUCCGCCGUUCCACUGAUUGCCUUUAAAAAUGUUAGUGCUUUGGAAAUAAGUGAUAUCGACAUUCGACAAUUUUUCGGUUGGGACAAGCUAGCCGAGCAAUUAAGAUCAUUGACAGUCAAAAGGGCAGGUGUUGAUGAUCUAGCUGAUUUAUUGAUCAAUAUCGUGUUGGAUGAUAUGGACAAAAGGAGGCGGCGCUCUUCCAAGGCACAGAUGUCACCAACUUCAACCUUCAUUCCCGCAUCGAGUCCAAGACGUAGCCCAACAAUGCCACAUGCCGAGCUGAUAAAAUCCUGUUCGGCACCUGGGUCACCGGAUGGUCGCAGCCAUAUUACUGAUACCGAAACAAGAGGAUUAGCGCGUUCUGGAUCUGAUGGGGCCGAGUUUGGUAAAUCUCCCACCAAGCAUGGACAAAGACCAAGAAGCAAUUCUCCAGUUCGUCCACCAAGUUCUCGUACUGGCUCUUCACAUGGCCACCUUCGUGGCUCAUCAUACAAGGUGAAGAGAUCUGGAUCCGGGAGUUCACAUUCAAGCAUGUCUGAUAGCUGGCACAACCCGCGGAAUAGCACCUCGAAUCUGUUAUCUAUGGGUUUUCUGCCAUCUUCAAAGUGGAGAUUCUUGAAACAUCUUAGCAUUGCAGACAACGGCCUGACGGCUAUUACUGCCUCCAGCCUUGCACCCUUAGCUAACACCCUCCACUCACUUGACCUUUCAUCGAAUCUGUUUGCCCAAAUCCCCGAUUGCUUAGCGUCCCUUACCGCACUACGAGCACUGAAUCUCUCUAACAACAUGAUUGAAUCUCUUCAUUCUCUUACUCGGAACCCACUGCCUGCUAUAUCUGCUCUUAAUCUACGGUCAAAUCGUCUCACAUCACUAGCUGGAAUUGAAAGGCUUUAUCCUCUAGAAAGGCUCGAUCUCCGUGAUAACAAGAUUACUGAUCCAACAGAACUUGCUAGACUGACGGGUAUUCCAGAUAUUCGAGAGAUAUGGAUUAGUGGCAAUCCAUUUACCAAAACACACAGUAACUAUAGGACUACGAUCUUCAACUUAUUCAGGCAAACUCCAGGAUACACCGAGGAUAUUUUGAUUGAUGCUUAUGGACCAGGUUACACGGAAAGGCGGCAUUUAGUCGAACGCGCUGCAGAACGCCCAGGUGUGCCUGUUGUCAAACCACCUCCUCCCGAUUAUGGUCUGUCUGCUAUUGAGGUCAAUAAACCAAUUAUCGAAUAUGCUGUACCAAGAGAACCUGCAGUACUUCGGAAAGAACGACCAACACCCGUUGCUGCGACAAGUGAAAUCAACACUGGCACUACGGGCCGAAGAAGAAGAACUCCAAAGCGACGAAUCGUAGAUUUAUCGACUUCAGAAACGUCACCAAGGAAGCAAGGAUUGACCCGCGUUCUAAUGCCAGAGGAACCACCACCAUCUAUGUCAAGGACAGUGUCAGAUAGUAGCUAUGGCAUAAGUCCCGUUUUUUCUCCUAUGGUUCUUCCUUCCUAUGUACCUUCAGAACCUCGCCAGGCCCAAAGACAGCCAGAUGUCCCACGUAUCAACACUUCAGUAUUAUCUCGUCUACCUCCAAUGCCGGCGGUAGAAUCAGUACCUUACGAAACAGCAAUUAAGCCACAGCCAGUCAAGACUCCAGAUACCCCUGACUGGAACAUGAGCGGCGAGCUAUAUCGGAAGAAGAUAGAGGCUCUAAGAAAUGAUGUUGGGCAAGGAUGGUUGAGUGUAUUAAGCGAAGAAGGCUGGGAGGCUCAAAAGAAGAGUCAGCCGCCCGGAUAUCAAACCUCCGAAUAUGAAUCAGCAAAUACUAUGAGACCGGGCUCUACAAUUAGGGCAGUCAGUCAACAGACGAUACACAGUGGUCGCACUCUGGGUUGAAGUGCACACACCAAAAGCGAUUUUUUUUUUCAUGCAGAUACGAAAUCAGAAUGGCUCGACUUUUAAGAGCACAUUGGUCGAGUGGUUGAAAGGGAGUGUAGUCCCUGCGCUUAAAGGAUCAUUGUCAAUAUUGAUGGUGGUUAAGUUAGAGGGAAGUGAGAGAAGAGGAACUUGUUUAUUUUGAUACCCCAAGCCCAUUCUUCAUCGUUUUUUGAGAAAAUUGCAUGACGGACGACUCUACUCUCGAUAUAAAAGGGCACAUUGCAUGAAAGAGGCACUUAUUUUCUACUUUUAUUUAUUUUUCUGGCUCGAAUUUUUAUCAUCAUGGAAAGCAUGCAUAGCGUUUAGGUUGGAGGUUCAUUUGCUGUUUUUAUAUAUUUCCUUAUGAACGAAUCAAUGAUGGAUUGGAACAGAAAAAAUUUCGGCUUCUUCGAGAAUGAAUGAAUGGAUUAUGUUACUAGAUCUUGAGAGGGAGAGAGAGAAUGGAAGACAGCCAGAGUUACGAGAAGAGAGAAAUCUUCUGUCAGAUCAAGCAAUGACAUAUUUGUAACAUAUUGGUUUUUUUGUGCAUGGAGUUUUAUGGUUAGGGAAUACUUUUUCAUUUCGCCUACCCAUGGGUUGAUAUUUGAGAUGGAUGGAUGGGUCGGGGCGUUUGAAGUCACGAGUAAUUAUUGGUCUGCCUGACCUGACAUGAUUGGGCUGGGAUCUGGAUGGUGGGAGCAUUUACACGAAUAGUGGAUGUGCUUGGGAUGGAGGGGCGGAGGUGGGAGGCUUAUGUCAAUGGGUUAUGUUCAAAAAGGAGCAAGCGAAAGUGGACGUAUCAGAUUUGAGGCUCGGGGAAGCAGGCGAG